AUGCAGUCUGACGAAUAUGGAGGCUACGUCGAUUCCUAUGACUUUGUAGGCACUGGAGAUGCCCAUGACGACGAAGGAAUGCUGUUGGUACCCGGACAACCGGGUCGACCAACCGAUGCUAACUUUGAUGAUCCAAAGGUUGCCAGCAUGCCCAAGAUUUUGUUGAUGGGCCCUAGAAGAGGAGGAAAGACAAGUAUUCAGCGUGUCAUCUUUCAAAAAAUGUCACCACAUGAAACGUUGUUUCGAUUAGAAGCUACUCAGUCUCUAGAACGUGCCAUUGUGGAUCAUACACCACUAUGUCGCUUUACAGUUUGGGACUUUCCUGGUGAUUUUUACGAAGGAGAUGAGACUGUGUUUGGAGGUGCUGCCUCUUUGAUUUUUGUUGUGGACGCCCAAGAUGAACCUUACGACCAUGUGCUACAAAGUUUUACUGACGCAGUCACGAAAGCGAUUCAACUGAAUCCGAAUAUUGUGAUUGAGGUAUUCAUCAACAAGGUCGAUGGAGAACUCUUUCUGAGUGACGAAAGCAAAUACGAUUGUAGACGGGAUGUCUACACGCAAGUAAACUAUGAAUUGGAGGAUGCUGGAAUCAGUCCAGACAACAUAAACAUCCGAUAUCACUUGACCAGUAUCUAUGAUCAUACAAUAUACGAAGGUCUGUCGAGAGUCGUCCAACGACUAAUUCCUCAAUUGCCAACUUUGGAGAGCUUGCUGAAUGUGUUAGUCAGUCAGUGUUCCAUGGAAAAGGCAUAUUUGUUUGAUGUUGUUUCCAAGCUAUUCAUCAGUACGGAUCCUGGACCAGUGGAUAUGCAGAGUGUGGAAUUAUGUUCCGACAUGAUUGAUGUUGUCUUGGAUGUGAGUGGAAUCUACGGUCUUGGUCCUUCCCAACUGGAGCUGGGUCAUGCAGCAGCAGCAGCCGAAUCCAAUUCUGUGGAAGGUGCAGAUCCCAAUUCUACUUCCGAAAAUAAGGAUGGCUUUGACGUUCCCGAUGAAUUGGUGGGUACUCUGAUUAGUCAAGCACCAGCAGAGGAUUUGGAAGAAGAAAUGGUAGACCCUGAUUCGGCGUAUGAUAGUGAGAGUGCCAGUGUCAUUCGGCUGAGCAAUGGAAUGGUUCUAUAUUUGAAAGAAGUAGAUACAAUGCUUGCGCUGGUUUGCAUAACACGAUCUGAAAACUUUCGAAAAAAGAGCUUGAUCAACUACAACAUUGGUUGUUUGAAAAAAGCCCUACGGGCACUUGUGGAUAACGAGUCAUUGUAA